UCCUCUCCUCUGCUUUCACAUCUUCUUCUUCAGUACAGAAUGGGACUUAUCCAUUGCCUCUCUCUCGUAUCCCUUCUCCUCCUUGUGCAUACUACUGAGUCAACUCAGCCUCCAUUUUCAUGUGACGCAUCCAACCCAUCAACGAAAUCGUUCCCUUUCUGCCAAACCUCACUACCCAUCAGGAAACGAGUCCAGGACCUCGUAUCCCGCCUCACAUUGGACGAGAAGAUCUCUCAGCUCGUUAACACAGCGCCUCCGAUCCCCCGCCUCGGCAUCCCCGGCUACCAGUGGUGGUCCGAGGCUUUACACGGCGUUGCCAACGUUGGCCCCGGCAUCCAUUUUAAUGGGGCUAUCAAGGCCGCCACAAGCUUCCCUCAGGUUAUUCUGACUGCCGCUUCCUUUGAUACCCAUCUCUGGUAUCGCAUCGGCCAGGUGAUUGGAGCUGAGGCUAGAGCGGUGUACAAUGCAGGGCAAGCGGAGGGGAUGACGUUUUGGGCUCCGAAUAUAAAUAUAUUUAGGGACCCAAGAUGGGGGAGAGGGCAAGAGACGCCUGGAGAGGAUCCAUUGGUGACAGGGAGGUAUGCAGCGGCAUAUGUGAGGGGUGUUCAGGGGGACUCCUUCGAGGGUGGGAAGCUCAAAGGGAGACUUCAAGCUUCGGCUUGUUGCAAGCAUUUCACGGCUUAUGAUUUGGACGACUGGAAGGGCGUAAACCGCUUCGUUUUCGAUGCUCGCGUGACGGUGCAAGAUAUGGCGGACACAUAUCAACCUCCAUUCCAGAGCUGCGUAGAAGAAGGGCGAGCCAGUGGGAUAAUGUGUGCGUACAACCGUGUCAAUGGCGUCCCAAGCUGUGCAGAUUAUAAUCUGCUAUCUAAGACUGCCAGAGGCCGAUGGGGUUUCAAUGGCUACAUCACAUCAGAUUGCGAUGCUGUCUCUAUCAUCUUUGACAACCAAAGAUAUGCUAAAACACCAGAAGAUGCUGUUGUUGAUGUCCUCAAAGCUGGAAUGGAUGUCGAUUGCGGAUCCUACUUGCAGAACCAUACCAAGAAAGCAGUAGAGCAGAAAAAGUUACCUGAAUCAGAAAUAGACAGGGCCCUUCGCAACCUUUUCUCUGUUAGAAUGAGGUUGGGACUGUUUGAUGGCAAUCCAGUUCAACAGCGUUUUGGCAACAUUGGUCCAGGCCAAGUGUGUUCCCAAGAUCACCAGGAUCUAGCCCUUGAAGCCGCUCGGAGUGGCAUUGUUCUGUUAAAAAACUCCGACAGAUUGCUGCCAUUGCCCAAAAAAAAAACCUUGUCGCUUGCUGUAAUAGGCCCCAACGCCAAUUCCCCAAAAACACUUCUUGGAAACUAUGCAGGCCCGCCAUGCAAAUCUGUUACCCCACUGCAAGCAUUGCAGAGUUAUGCUAAAAACACACUCUUCCAUCAGGGCUGUGAUUCAGUGGAUUGUUCUUCUGCUGCAAUUGGUGAAGCAGUCAACAUAGCGAAGAAGGUGGAUUAUGUGGUGUUGGUUGUGGGACUGGAUCAAACUCAAGAGAGGGAGGCACACGAUCGUGUGCACCUAGAGCUUCCUGGAAAGCAGCAGGAGCUGAUCAAUGCUGUAGCAAGUGCAGCUAAGAAACCAGUUGUUUUGGUUCUUCUUUCCGGUGGUCCAGUUGAUAUAUCUUCAGCCAAGAAUGACAAACACAUCGGAAGCAUCUUGUGGGCUGGUUAUCCAGGUCAAGCUGGAGGAAGUGCGAUUGCAGAAGUUAUCUUUGGCGAUCACAACCCAGGAGGAAGAUUGCCAGUGACUUGGUAUCCACAAGACUUCGUAAAAGUACCAAUGACAGACAUGAGGAUGAGGGCAGAGGCAUCGUCGGGCUAUCCCGGGCGCACAUACCGUUUCUACGAAGGUGAAAAAGUUUUCGAGUUCGGUUAUGGCCUCAGCUACUCGAACUAUGUUUAUGAGCUCCCGGCUGUCGCACAAAGCAUGAUCCACUUGAAUCAAUCAUCAGCUACACAGACGGCGGAAAACAGGUUAGUUUCAGAGCUUGAUAAGGACCUGUGUGAGAGGAAGAAGAUCUCGGUCAAUGUCCGCGUAAAAAAUGAAGGGGAGAUGGCGGGUAAGCAUUCGGUAUUGCUGUUUGUGAGAAGGGAAAAGGCUAGCCAUGGGAGCCCAGUCAAACAGCUGGUUGGUUUCCAGAGCAUUAACCUAAAGGCAGGGGAAAGAGCUGAAGUUGAAUUUGUGUUGAACCCAUGUGAACGCCUUAGCAAAGCCAAUGAAGCUGGUUUGAUGGUGAUCGAGCCAGGAUCACAUUUCUUGGUUGUAGGUGAUGCAGAGCUCCCACUUACCAUCAUAAUUUGAUUUUGGGAAGAAGCUGAAUCAAAUAUUUAAUGAAAUGUUCAUCCAACCAUAUAAUAUAAACAAUUUCCUCUGAUUUGGGUCAACAUUGCCUUAAUUAAGAGGUAAGAUUCUGUA